CAGAAACUCUUGUGUACUGGAACUGGAUUUAAACCAGAGAUCAAAUGGCUCCCCAACUCUGGAAAGGGACCUGUGGUCCCUAGUAAAGCCAUGAUUCAAGCGGAUGGACGCAUGAAAAGUGUUCAGUGAGAUGGACGUGUUGCUGGAAGAGUGGAACAAAGGGAAGGAAUUUACCUGCCAGGUCACUGAUCUUCGGACCACAACGAAGAGCACCAGUGCUUGUGCAGCUCAUCCAUCAGCCAAACCACUGAUACACCUGGAGAAACCUCGUCUCUCUGAUCCGUCCCUACAGCCAGAUUCAGUGGUAACAGCUUCUUGUGUUGUUAAAGCUGCUCUCAGCUCCGUCAUCUCAUGGGUUUUGAAUGGAAACGAGGAGAAAAAAGCCAGUGCAGAGCAAAAAAACCGACAAACCAGCAGCACUGAGCUCACUGUUAGCAACCUGACUCUGUCAGCAAGAGAAUGGGAGCAACUUCAGAGUAUAACAUGCAGAGUUAAACAGCCAUGUGACGAGAAACCUGAAGAGAAAACUGUGAACGGUCUAGAGUCUGCAGAGAAAGAUCUUACAGUGGAGAUCAGGAGGCCUCUUUGGGACGUUCUUAAUGGAGAUGGUGCUGUUCUGGAAUGUUCUGCGAGAAAUGUUCCCUCUGGUGAGCUUUCUGUCACCUUCCAGGCCAAUCAAACUCUACUAGGUCAAGUUCAGUAUGUGGAUCUGCCAAAAGGCCAAAACUCUCUGACCGCACGCAUCACUGUUCCUGCCCAACAUCGCGAAAAAGACAACAGCUUCACCUGUAAGGUUCAACAAAGCCCUUCCAAACAGUGGACAUCAGACCCCACUGGGAAGAUUUUUGGUGACCCCUCUGUAGAACUCUUACUGGUUCCCAGUGCGGGGAAAUCAGAACCACAGAAACUCUUGUGUACUGGAACUGGAUUUAAACCAGAGAUCAAAUGGCUCCCCAACUCUGGAAAGGGACCUGUGGUCCCUAGUAAAGCCAUGAUUCAAGCGGAUGGACGCAUGAAAAGUGUUCAGUGAGAUGGACGUGUUGCUGGAAGAGUGGAACAAAGGGAAGGAAUUUACCUGCCAGGUCACUGAUCUUCGGACCACAACGAAGAGCACCAGUGCUUGUGCAGCUCAUCCAUCAGCCAAACCACUGAUACACCUGGAGAAACCUCGUCUCUCUGAUCCGUCCCUACAGCCAGAUUCAGUGGUAACAGCUUCUUGUGUUGUUGAAGCUGUACUC